CCAGCUCCUGUUGAGAUCCAAUCGUUCUUCCGUUUCCUCCCUCUUCAGUGUGCAAAACGAGUCCCAAUCGUAGUUUCUGAGGUUCCUUCUUCCAAUCAGAUUGGUACCGUCAAUCUUCAGUAUGCACUCCUAAUCGUCAGAUCUGAAGGUCUACUGCACUCAAGGAAGAAGACGAGGCAGGCAAUGUUGCUAUCUACUCUCACUCUUAUUUUUGCCUAGGUAUUCUGCAAAAACAUUAGGUUCUCAUGGCGUCUUUUUCUUAUUUUUUAUAAAGUUUGAGAUAUCCAAUGAUAUGUAAGAUUACAUGUAAUUUGCAAGAUUGAGAUACCGACCAAAAACUUGUAGUUUUUUGUUAUGCAAUUGCAGUUUGAUCAUUUGUGCAAACUUGUAAUUUUUUGUUACGCACUUGCUUUCUUUUCUUUUACGUUUAACAUUUCAUUUCCCGUUAAUUCCUUAUGGCUCCCAAAGCGGAGAAGAAGCGGCCAAAGGCCGAAAAGAAGUUCCCGAAGGAAGGUGGAGCUGGCGCCUCAGACAAGAAGAAGAAGCAGACCAAUAAGAGUAUCGAGACUUACAAGAUCUAUAUCUUCAAGAUGCUUAAACAGGUCCUCCACCCCGAUAUCGGGAUCUCCAGCAAGGCCAUGGGGAUCAUGAACAGCUUCAUUAAUGACAUCUUCGAGAAGCUCGCUCAGGAGGCUUCACGGCUCGCGAGGUAUAAUAAGAAGCCCACCAUCACCUAUGGGGAGAUCCAGACCACAGUGCGCCUCGUGCUGCCCAGUGAACUCGCCAAGCACGCCGUUUCUGAGGGGAACAAUGUGGUCACCAAGUUUACUAGCUCUUAGACAAGGUGGUGCCGGUUGAUGGACUUGCUGGUUUUUUGUGCAGAAGUUGGAUCAUAUUGGAGAUGGAGAUCAAAACACACCGCAUCACUCAGGCGUCUUCCACGCACCGUUUCAUUCGGCGUACUUUUCUCUCUGCCCAUAUUAGAACACACCGUUUCAUUUUUGAAUUUUGCUAUAUAUAAAUAAAGUCGCAUAUUAAUCUAUGUAAUAA